AUGCAUUCAGCCCGAAGCCGAAGUGCCUUCCUUUUGGCCGUAUUGGCUAUCACCCAAGAAUAUUCUUCUUACCCAAUCGGCGCUCUCCGGGAGUCGUCAAAUGCUCUCGGAUCUGCCCCGCUCUCUGCAGCCCGUCACGAGAUGAUUAGCGGCCAAGCCAACCGACGAAUCAGGAAAAAGGCCCACCUCGUCCAACCGCGAUCCGGCCAGGCCGGAACAAUCUCUCAACAGCUGAGCCAAAUUAUUGGCAGCUCGCCGCCCAAGGACCUCGUCCCGCUCAUUGAGCUUCCUGAGCCCCAAGGCCCCGAGAAACUUUCGCCCCCAGCUGCCGAGCAGAAGCCUCAAGACAAACACGCCCCCGAUGCCGAUCACUCCCAAGGGCUUCCCCCCAACCCGGCACUCGGGCAGAAUUCUCCCAUCCAAAAGGACAGCGGGAAAGGUCAUGAACAGAAUACCCAAAAUCCGCCGCCCUCAAUUGACGACACGUUUCCUGCGGAGUCCGAAGACGCGCCGAAUCCAGAUGGGAAACCUCAACCAGAUGGCCAUGCCAAACCUCGCGGGGAUGAUCAGCCUCCGCCUGGCUUGCGAGCCGGGCCUCCAGCUCAGAAAGAGGACGGCGCGGAGGGGCACCCGCCCCCUCCAGUAACUGAUGCAAAAGGGCCGGUCGCCCACCCCGUCACUCUUCCUUCGGGCGCGCCCCAUCCAGCUGGAGAUGUCUACGCCCAGCCAGGGCCCCAGGGACCCGAAACAGCCAAGGCAGACAGGACAGAGAUCGCCGCCAUUGCCGGGAUUCAUAUCGAACGCGUAGACACCAUCACCCCGGCUUCUUCGCUCGCUCAUCCUCCCGCUCUGCCUGGUUUGGAUGUUCACGAUGGACCAAAGGAUCAGCCCCUCGAGAAAGACCACCCCCCCACUCCUCCACCUUCAAGCCCUCACAACGAACCAAAGGACCAUCUCCCAGCUCCCGAGCAUGGCCAUGUGGUUCCGUGCAAGGAUCAUUUGUCUGCUAAAGACCAUCCUGAGCCCAAACAAGUCGAACUCCCUGUAGGGCUCAGAAUCACCGAUGACUCCAAGAACGGCACGCCGGGCGAGCAUGGAGUACAUGCUAUCCGGAUCACCUCAGAGAACCUCAAGAUCGAACUCACAUUUUAA